AUGUCUCGAGAUUACACCGACGGCUGGACUUAUGUCACCCACGGCAAAGGCUUUCGCCAUCCCGCAUUCCCACCCCCAGGACCGACAACCGACCGCACAAUGACGGUGCAAGCCCUCCAAGCCAGCUACACCAAAUACCUCAACAUCUGGCGAGCGAGCAGCUGCCGCAAAGAACUCCUACAGAUCCUAGAGAAGAAAGCGCCAGAUGAAGGCUGGCAGAUCACCACAGCCGUCUGUCUGGCGUCCGGGGAAUUCAGUCGAGAUAAUGUGGAGUGUGCGAGACGCAGCAUGCAGCAAUUCGCGGCCUUUAUGGACACGGUCGAGUACAUGCAGAAAGCGAGCGGCGCGCGCAUCAAAGUUCCCGUGGACGUCGCCUUCUUGACCGGCCUCAAUAUUGAUGUCCGCAACGACCAUUUCAGCACCUCAACACGGACAUUCACGCCCAGUGCGUGGACGCACGACGACGGAGCACACUUGAUGGUGUGGGAGCUCUUCAUCGAUCGCUCAAGGGAGGCCCUGGUUCAACUCUUCAAGGCCGACCCGACGCUGCUGAUUGGUGUCAGGACAGGCGAGACGCAUGUUGCGAGCCAAUUCAAGGUUCUUCAUGGCGAGGAUGAGACCUUGGCCGAGAAGUUCACUGCGGCGAGGGCUUCGUAUUACUUCCCGAAGUUCGAGGAAGAGGAGAAUAUUUUCCUGGGGCUGCAGGUUUACUGGAAGGAGCCUGUGGAGGAAGAGGACGACGCAAAGUGA